UAGGAUACGCGACGUCGCGCGGGACUCUGAGGCCUGGCGCCCAAGCUGUGCACUGGUGAGCGGGUGAGAUGCCGGACUGACGCUCGGGUAGGCUCCUCAGAAAGAAGUUCGUGUCGCGGGGUCCUAGCGGCGCCCCAUUCUCGCCAGGCAAGUGGUUAAAGUGAACAAUGGCCAGUAAUCACAAAUCUUCAGCCCCUCGCCCUAUUUCUCGGGGUGGAAUAGGUCUAACAGGAAGGCCUCCUUCUGGAAUAAGACCCCCAUCUGGCAAUGUUCGAGUGGCAACUGCAAUGCCACCAGCAACAGCAAGACCAGGUUCUCGUGGUGGGCCCCUAGGGACUGGUGGAGUUUUGUCAUCUCAAAUCAAAGUUGCUGAUCGUCCUGUAACCCAACAAGGUUUGAGUGGAAUGAAGACUGGCAUGAAAGGUCCCCAGAGGCAAAUUUUAGACAAAUCUUACUAUCUUGGACUUCUUAGGAGCAAAAUAAGUGAACUUACAACUGAAAUUAAUAAGCUUCAGAAAGAAAUAGAAAUGUACAACCAAGAAAAUUCAGUGUAUUUGUCAUAUGAAAAGAGGGCAGAGACAUUAGCUGUUGAAAUUAAAGACUUUCAAGGACAACUAGCAGACUACAACAUGUUGGUAGAUAAGCUUAAUACGAAUACUGAAAUGGAAGAAGUAAUGAAUGAUUACAACAUGCUUAAAGCUCAAAAUGAUCGAGAAACACAAAGUAUGGAUGUCAUAUUUACCGAAAGACAAGCGAAGGAAAAACAAAUCAGAAGUGUAGAAGAAGAAGUUGAACAAGAAAAACAAGCAGCAGAUGGCAUUAUCAAAAAUAUGUCUCCUGAAAAACAAGUCAAGUACAUAGAAAUGAAAACCACAAAUGAGAAACUGUUGCAGGAAUUAGAUACACUUCAGCAACAGCUAGAUUCAUUGAACAUAAAAAAGGAGAGCCUAGAAACUGAAAUAGCACACUCCCAGGUAAAACAAGAGGCUGUAUUGCUAUAUGAGAAACUUUAUGAGUUAGAGUCCCAUCGAGAUCAAAUGAUUGCAGAAGACAAGAGCAUGGGGUCGCCAAUGGAGGAAAGGGAGAGAUUGCUUAAGCAGGUUAAAGAAGAUAAUCAGGAAAUAGCCAGCAUGGAGAGACAGUUAACAGAUAUAAAGGAAAAAAUAAAUCAGUUUAGUGAAGAAAUUAGACAACUUGACAUGGAUUUAGAGGAACACCAAGGUGAAAUGAAUCAAAAAUACAAGGAACUCAAAAAAAAGGAAGAAAAUAUGGAUGCUUUUAUAGACACUUUUGAGGAAACGAAGAAUCAGGAACUAGAGAGGAAGGCACAGAUAGAAGCCAGCAUCAUCACACUUUUAGAGCAUUGCAGUCGGAAUAUAAAUCGUAUGAAACAGAUAUCCUCCAUCACCAACCAAGAGCUAAAGAUGAUGCAGGAUGACCUCAGCUUUAAAUCAACUGAGAUGCAGAAGUCACAGACAACAGCUAGGAACUUGACUUCAGAUAGUCAGCGUCUACAGCUGGAUCUACAGAAAAUGGAACUUCUGGAGAGUAAGAUGACAGAAGAGCAACAAUCUCUGAAAAACAAAAUUAAGCAAAUGACUGCUGACCUGGAGACAUACAGUGACCUGGCAGCUUUAAAAUCAUCAGCUGAAGAAAAAAAGAAGAAAUUACAUCAAGAAAGAACAGUAUUGUCAACCCACAGAAAUGCCUUUAAGAAAAUAAUGGAGAAACUGACCACAGAUUAUGAGGCACUGAAAACCCAACUUCAGGAUAAUGAGACACAUGCUCAGCUUACAAAUUUGGAGAGGAAGUGGCAGCACCUGGAGCAAAAUAAUUUUGUAAUGAAAGAGUUCAUAGCAACCAAGAGUCAAGAGAGUGAUUAUCAGCCAGUGAUUAAAAACGUGAUGAAGCAGAUUGCAGAGUACAAUAAAACCAUCAUGGAUGCUCUACAUAAUGCCAGCAGAAGCUGAAACUGAGUUGACUGAAUCGACAAGCAUCCUCAAGCAUGCUAAAAGUAAAUUAGUUUCCCCUUGAAGAGUUAAACUCCAGUUUUUGAAUGCCGUGGUUUUGUGAUCUCCUUGGAGGAGAGAUCUCUUGCACAGUUAAAUAAUUCAAUAAAAUGUUGCAUA